UCCAAAAGAGUUCUUAAAAGACCAACACCGGGUGGUGGCUCAGCAUAAAUAGCCCGUGCCUGUGGGUCAAGGAAGCGCUCAUUUGCCUGGAGACACUGAGCCCUCGAGGAAGCAAUGGCCAUGCUUCUUCUCCUCUCUGUGCUGGUCCUGCUCACACAGCCUCCAACGUCAUGGGGAGAAGAAGUGACAACCCUUCCUCAGAAACCUUUGAUUGAUGACUGCACCCUGGUCACGUGUAGCCCUGAUCGAGAUGGACAAGAUGGGAAAGAGGGCUCCUUGGGCGAGAAGGAGGAUCCAGACAUCGCGGCUCUAAGGCGGCAGGUGAAGGCCUUGCAGGUAGCGUUCCUUCAGUAUAAGAAAGUGGAGCUCUUCCCCCACGGCCGAAGUGUUGGCCAGAAGGUCUUCAAGGCAGCAGGCUUUGAGAAACCUUUCCAGGAGGCAGAGCAAGUGUGCGCACAGGCCGGGGGGCAGCUGCCCUCCCCACACUCUGAAGCUGAGAACCACACCUUGCAACAGCUGGUCGAGGCUGAGGACAAGGUUGCGUUCCUAAGCAUGACUUUCUCCAAGGCGGAGGGCAAGUUCACCUACCCAGGAGGGGAGCCCCUGGUCUAUUCCAACUGGGCCCCCGGGGAGCCCAACAAUGCUGCAGGCAAUGAGCACUGUGUGGAGAUGUACACCAACGGCAAGUGGAACGACACACCCUGUGGAGAGAGGCGCCUUGUGAUCUGCGAGUUCUGAGCCCUUGGGGUGGGUGGGGCAGCUGUGGUCCAGGAUCCUGGCUCAGACACGUGUGCUGCCCACAUGACAAGGAAGAGCUGAGGGCUCUGUGGCUGGGCUUCUGCACAGAGCCGUGGGAUGACGCCAGCCAAGGGCUCCCAUGGAACUCCUCUCUUAGAAUAAAAUACGAAACUGGCUUCA